AUGGCAGGAGUUCACCCAUUAUCAAUGUGUGCUUGUGUGCCAGCUGACCAUGGAACCCGUAUGAUGCUGGGUUUAGUGCGUGGUCUUGUUUAUUGGCGUCUCACAGCGCGUAAUAGACCGCCCCGGACCAUUACUGCUGUGGACCAAUUCGGUGCUGUGGUGGCUACAAGCAAUGGAUUGGGAAUCGAGGAUGAUGACAUAGCUCUACUGGUAUGA